CGUUCUCUCCGCCUCUCUGAGCUCUCCCCCGGCGAUGGCCUCCACCCAGCUGUCCUGUGCCACCCCCUGCGAGCCCAAGUGUCCCCAGCCUCUGGCCAGCAGCACCAACGAGCCCUGCGUGGUGACCUGCGGCGACUCGCGGGUCAUCAUCUACCCCCCGCCCGUGGUGGUCACCUUCCCGGGGCCCAUCCUCACCACGUACCCGCAGCAAACCGUGGUGGGAGCCUCGGAGCCCUCGGAGGUUGCCCUGGGCGAGUCCCCGGCAGCUCUGCCAGCCGAGGUCACCGCCAGGCUGGAGGCGGCGGGGGACAAAGUGGCAGCGCCGGUGCUGGCCCGUCCCGAGCCGCGCUGCGCCCCCAAAUAUUCCUACACCUACUCCUCGCAAUGGACUCAUCCCUGCAAUUCCUACCGCUCCGGGAAGCGCUGGACGUACUGAGCCUGGCAGGGGAAAUUCCAGAUGUCAUUCCAGAUGUAAUUCCAGUUGUCGUUUGGGGUUGGAGCUGCGGGGCUGCUCCGGCUCCUCCUGAGAGGAGCCCCCCGGGGGAGGCAGGCUCGUGUCGCAAUUCCUCGCGGUUUUUUCCCCCCUUAGUUUAGAGCUGUUCUCCCGCAGUUUUCCAGCGCAGACAUCUGCUUCCGCCGUGCUUUGGCUUAUCCCGGAUUUUUUACUGGCGCUGAGCUUAGAGAGGUGACUUAAAACGCUCGGAAUUGCACAAGGCAAGGCUGCCAAAGAGGGAAAUUCCCCGUUUUUACAGGCAGCGUCACCUGGAUGCGGGCGAUUUGCCAGAGCCUCGCUGAACGAUGCUUUUUGUACCCUGUAC